AUGCUUGGCAACACAUCUGGUUUUGCUGCUUUGGUGAAGAAAGAAGCUCCUCAGGUCAUCGUGACCCAUUGUUUUCUACAUCGGCAUGCAUUGGCGUCAAAGACUCUGCCAGCAAUUCUGAAAGAAGUCUUGUCUACUGGCGUGAAAGUCGUCAACUUCAUCAGAGCCAGGGCUGUGGACCAUCGCGUUUUCAAGAGGUUUUGUCAAGAAAUGGGAGCAGAAUAUGAAGUUCUUCUCUACCACACAGAAGUUCGCUGGCUUUCCAGAGGACAAAUCUUGAAGCUCUUGAUUGAACUUCGAGCAGAAGUUUCACUUUUUUUGAGAGAAAAAGAAAACCCACUCUCAGAACAGUUUGACAGUGAGGAGUUCAUUCAUGGCUUGGCCUACUUGGCGGAUAAAUUUUGGCCAUAUGAAUGA